AUGGCUCGAACACUCAUCGCAAGCGAUAAUCUCUCCCCUCUGGUGUUGAUUAUAACAUGGUUUCUGUGCAUAAUCUCGGUCUUGAGCAUGGUGGCCCGAGGUGCUACUAAAGUCAUCUCCACUCGCUCGAUAAAGUCUGAUGACUAUUCGAGUCUCUCAUCACUGGUGAUCUCAUUGCUCAGUCCAAGACGGCUGUUAGAAAUUGCUAACCUGAACGAUUAUUUUUUAUCAAGUUUCUCGCGAUUGCUCAGUCCGUUGCUGUCACCGUCCGAACCUCAAAUGGGCUGGGCAAACAUACCACCGCCUUGGGCGCUGCCCAAAUCUCCGCCUAUUCAGAGUGUGGAUUCUAUCCAAGGUGCAGGUCUCCCUUCUCAAGAAAUCCUCUGUGGGGUUGGCCUUCGCACUGCGGAUUACGUGAAUGCCCCUCGGAAUGAAUGGGAUUUCUUCAGUGAUGCUUACGGGACUACCAGGGUCUGUAUCGCCUCGAUCUGUAACCUUGUCUACUGGAACAGAGCUCGAGACUCCCACGAUCUGACCUUCGAAAUUUGGCCCGUCGCACUUUGCACGCAAGCGGGCCAAUGCAUGAGCAUAGCGUCCUUCUCUUUUCUCUAUCUCAAGCCCCUCUUCGAGAUCCUUGACUCCGGCUUUAUCAGGAGCGAUGAGUUCCGGCGAACGGGACAGUUAAAUCCAGAAGGCUCAUACAAUCUCUCCACCAUGAGUUCUGGAAACGAGAGGAGAAAAAAGGGCAAAGAACUGGCGAGGCUGGCCCGGACAGGGAAUAAUGACACCACCAUUACCGCUCUUGAGAACGGGUCCGGAUGGGAUGGUGGGAGCCAAGGCAGUGAAGCGCACAUCAUCAAAGAGACUCGGACAUUCACGAUUGAGAGUUCAGCGGCCGGAGAAGAUCGGGGGUUCCCUUAG